AUGAACUCGUGGGACGCGGGCCUGGCGGGUCUGCUGGUGGGCACGAUGGGCGUCUCGCUGCUGUCCAACGCGCUGGUGCUGCUCUGCCUCCUGCACAGCGCCGACAUCCGCCGCCAGGCGCCGGCGCUGUUCACCCUGAACCUCACGUGCGGCAACCUGCUGUGCACCGUGGUCAACAUGCCGCUCACGCUGGCCGGCGUCGUGGCGCAGCGGCAGCCGGCCGGGGACCGUCUGUGCCGCCUGGCCGCCUUCCUCGACACCUUCCUGGCUGCCAACUCUAUGCUCAGCAUGGCCGCGCUCAGCAUCGACCGCUGGGUGGCCGUGGUCUUCCCGCUGAGCUACCGCGCCAAGAUGCGCCUCCGCGACGCCGCGCUCAUGGUGGCCUACACGUGGCUGCACGCGCUCGCCUUCCCCGCCGCCGCACUCGUCCUGUCCUGGCUCGGCUUCCACCAGCUGUACGCGUCCUGCACGCUGUGCAGCCGGAGGCCGGACGAGCGGCUGCGCUUCGCCGUCUUCACGGGUGCCUUCCAUGCGCUCAGCUUCCUGCUCUCCUUCGUUGUUCUCUGCUGCACAUACUUCAAGGUGCUCAAGGUGGCCCGCUUCCACUGCAGACGCAUCGACGUGAUCACCAUGCAGACGCUCGUGCUGCUCGUGGACAUCCACCCCAGUGUACGGGAACGCUGUCUAGAGGAGCAGAAAAGGCGGCGGCAACGCGCCACCAAGAAAGUCAGCACCUUCAUAGGCACCUUCCUCGUGUGCUUCGCACCCUACGUGAUCACCAGGCUGGUGGAGCUGUCCUCCGCGGUGCCCAUCAGCUCCCACUGGGGGGUGCUGUCCAAGUGCUUGGCCUACAGCAAGGCCGCAUCUGACCCGUUCGUGUACUCCUUGCUGCGACACCAGUACCGCAAGAGCUGCAGGGAGAUUCUGAACAGGGUCCUCCACCGGCGUUCCCUCCGCUCCUCCGGCCUCACCGGGGACUCCCACAGCCAGAACAUCCUGCAGGUCUCUGAGUGA